AUGGAGUGUAGUUUAGAAGAAGAAGAAGAAGAAAGGCAAAACACAGGGAGGAAAAGCAAGGAGUACUGUUCCUCCCCUGAGUUUGAGUUCUGGAUGGUAAACAACCCUUCUAUGCCGGAACCCAACCUUCUCACCGCCGACGAGCUCUUCUCCGACGGUGUUCUCCUUCCUCUUCACCUUCUAUCCUCCCAUCCCCCACCACCAUCACCUCAACCUCCACCACCCUCCACUGAUCACUCCCCGUCCAUCCUCUCCAUGCCCACCUCCUCCUCCUCCUCCUCCUCUCCUUCCUCUUCAAAACGCUGGAAAGACAUCUUCAGAGUGUCCGACAAGAAGCCAGACGACAAGAAAGACAAAAAAUCCAGCUCCGGCGCCGGCGGUGGCGGCACCACCGAGCUCAACAUCCAUAUAUGGCCUUUCUCUCGUAGCCGCUCAGCCGGCACCGCCAGCUCCGGCAGGGCCAAGCCGGCCUCCACGACUCGCAAGUCUAGCAGCGCUCCUUGCUCACGGAGCAACUCCGCCGGCCGGAAAUGGACCGCCAGCCCUGGCCGCGCCGCCGGCGUCCCCGUUGGCCGCACUAGCCCUGUCUGGCAGUUCCGCAGACCUCCCGGUAAGGUUACCGAACAGAAAAUUAAAAGCGGGAUCAGAGGACUCAAUCUCAACGUUAACACUUGCAUUGGUUAUAGUAGAACUCAAGUGUCCUGCCGCGGUGAUGGUAAGCGUAGGAACACCUCCGGUGACGGGAUCAAGGGAGAUGUUAGUAAUACUGGUAGUCUUUUUAGCCUUAGAACGUUGUUUUCUAAGAAGGUGUAUUAA